CACCCGGCCUGCUUCCCCUCGUCCACCCCCGGCCGGCGGCGACCGGCCACAGCUGCUGCGGGCCCGGGGCGUGCGGCCUGGAUUUUUUGUGACACCUUGAACAUGAGCCCCACACAGUGGGACUUCCCUGUGGAAUUAUGUUGUCGGCCUAUGGCUUUCGUUACUCUUACGGGCCUGGAUGUGGUUUAUAAUGCUGUCCAUCGAGCUGUCUGGGACGCUUUCUGUGCCAACCGGAGGGCUGAUCGGGUACCGAUUUCUUUCAAGGUGCUCCCUGGUGACCAUGAGUAUCCCAAAUGUAGACCUAAGAGGACUUCCUACGAAUGGUACAUUCCUAAGGGGAUCUUAAAGACGGGCUGGAUGAACAAACAUCUGAAUCUGGUGCCGGCCCUGGUGGUCGUGUUCUAUGAACUGGACUGGGACGAGCCUCAGUGGAAAGAAAAGCAGUCCGAGUGCGCCACCAGAGUGGAAAUUGUCAGGCAAAGUUUACAAGGGAGAAACACAAAAGUUGCAGUGGUUCUGAUUCAGAAGAAAACUCCAUUGCCCCCAGGAGAAGAUGUCACGGCGUCAGAAAGGGCUGCGGCUUUAUGUAAUGCGUGUGAACUCUCAGGAAAAUCUCUGUUUGUGCUGCCCCACACUGACCACCUGGUGGGUUAUAUUAUAAGAUUAGAAAAUGCCUUUUAUGAACAUGCACAGACUUAUUACUACACUGAGAUCAGAAGAGUGAAAUCUCAUAAAGAAUUUUUGAAUAAGACAACACACCAGCUUUUAUUUGUUAGACAUCAGUUCAAAAUAGCUUUCUUCAGUGAAUUGAAACAAGAUACACAAAAUGCCCUGAAGAAUUAUAGGACCGCCUAUAAUCUUGUGCAUGAAUUGAGAGCCCAUGAAACGAAUAUUCUGGAAAUUAAGACAAUGGCAGGAUUUAUAAACUACAAGAUCUGCAGGCUGUGUUUUCAGCACAACACCCCACUGGACGCAAUCGCUCAGUUCCGAAAGCACAUAGACUUGUGUAAGAAAAAAAUCGGAAGCGCAGAGUUGUCUUUUGAACACGCCGCAUGGAUGGCUAAACAAUUCCAGGCCUUUGGAGAUUUAUUUGAUGAAGCUAUUAAGUUAGGGUUGACAGCUAUUCAAACUCAGAAUCCUGGUUUCUAUUACCAGCAGGCAGCAUACUAUGCCCAGGAGCGGAAGCAACUUGCAAAAACCCUCUGUAACCAUGAGGCUUCUGUGAUGUAUCCCAAUCCUGAUCCGUUAGAAACACAAACAGGUGUUCUUGACUUUUAUGGACAAAGAUCAUGGCGACAAGGAGUACUAAGUUUUGAUCUUUCUGAUCCUGAAAAAGAGAAGGUGGGAAUUCUUGCCAUUCAGCUGAAGGAGAGAAGUGUUGUUCACUCUGAAAUAAUAAUAACUCUUCUGAGCAAUGCUGUUGCACAAUUUAAGAAAUAUAAAUGUCCAAGAAUGAAAAGUCAUCUAAUGGUUCAAAUGGGAGAGGAGUAUUAUUAUGCAAAGGAUUAUACCAAAGCUUUGAAGUUGCUGGAUUACGUGAUGUGUGAUUAUCGGAGUGAAGGGUGGUGGACCCUGCUCACGUCCAUAUUGACUACAGCUCUGAAGUGUUCCUACCUCAUGGCCCAGUUAAAAGAUUACAUUACUUAUUCCCUAGAACUCCUUGGAAGAGCUUCCACUCUGAAAGAGGACCAGAAAUCUCGGAUAGAAAAGAACCUCAUAAAUGUUUUGAUGAAUGAAAGUCCUGAUCCUGAACCUGACUGUGAUAUCUUAGCAGUGAAAACGGCUCAGAAGCUGUGGGUGGACCGAGUUUCUCUGGCCGGCAGCAAUGUUUUCACAAUAGGAGUGCAGGACUUUGUGCCAUUUGUUAUACUGCAGGAAUAUAACCAGUUCUGCGUAAUCGAAGAAGCAACUAAAGCAAGUGAAGUUUUAGAAAAUUUGACCCAGGGAAAGAUGUGCUUAGUUCCUGGUAAAACGAGGAAGUUUUUAUUUAAAUUUGUUGCAAAAACUGAAGAUGUGGGGAAGAAAAUUGAGAUUACUUCGGUCGAUCUAGUUCUGGGCCACGAGUCGGGAAGAUGUGUGGUUUUAAAUUGGCAGGGAGGAGGAGGGGACGCUGCCUCCUCCCAAGAAGCCUUGCAGGCCUCGCGUUCUUUCAAAAGGCGACCCAAGCUCCCUGACAAUGAGCUUCACUGGGACAGCAUAGUCAUUCAGGCCAGCACGAUGAUUAUUUCCAGAGUUCCAAACAUUUCCGUGCAUCUGCGGCAUGACCCUCCUGCCCUGACGAAUGAAAUGUAUUGUUUGGUUGUGACUGUUCAGUCCCAUGAAAAGACCCAAAUCAGAGACGUGAAGCUCACCGCUGGUUUAAAACCUGGACAGGAUGCCAAUUUAACUCAGAAAACUCAUGUGUCUCUUCAUGGAACAGAACUAUGUGACGAGUCCUAUCCGGCUUUACUCACUGAUAUUCCUAUCGGAGACUUACAUCCAGGGGAACAGCUGGAAAAAAUGUUGUAUGUUCGCUGUGGAACAGUAGGUUCAAGAAUGUUUCUCGUGUAUGUUUCUUACCUGAUCAAUACAACUAUUGAAGACAAAGAAAUUGUUUGCAAGUGUCACAAGGAUGAAACUGUAACUAUAGAAACUGUCUUUCCAUUUGAUGUCGCGGUUAAAUUUGUCUCUACAAAGUUUGAGCACCUGGAAAGGGUCUAUGCGGACAUCCCCUUUCUAUUGAUGACGGACCUCUUAAGUGCCUCACCUUGGGCCCUCACUAUUGUAUCCAGUGAGCUACAACUUGCUCCUUCUAUGACCCCAGUGGAUCAGCUAGAGUCCCAAGUGGACAAAGUUGUCUUACAGACUGGAGAGAGUGCUAGUGAAUGCUUUUGUCUUCGGUGCCCAUCUGUUGGAAAUGUUGAAGGUGGAGUAGCAACUGGUCAUUAUAUUAUCUCCUGGAAGAGGACCUCCGCCAUGGGAAACGUCCCUGUCAUCAGUACUGCCAUCACUCUGCCACACGUGAUCGUAGAAAACAUUCCCCUCCAUGUGAAUGCAGAUCUGCCAUCGUUUGGGCGUGUCAGAGAAUCCUUACCUGUCAAGUAUCACCUACAGAACAAGACUAACUUAGUUCAAGACGUGGAGAUUUCUGUGGAGCCCAGUGAUGCCUUCAUGUUCUCUGGACUUAAACAGAUUCGACUGCCUGCUCAGGCGUUUUAUACCUACCAGUAUUUUUGUAAAGCCACAGGGUCGACUCAUGGAUGA